AUGGAGCUUGGUGGAGAGAGCGUCUCAGAGCGGCAAAGGGACGAGUGCUUGGAUAGACAGCAGGCAUCCCGGGAGUGCCAGAGGACAGGUGUGCCAGAGGACACCUCCCAACCUCGCCUGCAGGCGGCUGUGCCGGGCAGCCAGUCCCCCAGCCCCAGUGUCCGGGCCGGGAGCUUGAUUCUCCGCCGGGCACAGCUGUCCAACAGGAGCCUGAGCAGGGCCAGCAGACGUUCACAUAACUGGGCGACAGGAACGGACACGGCCAGGCUCUCUGUGGGCGGAGGCAGCACGAGGAGGAAAGGACUGAAGGAGAUCCUCCUGCAGAGCAGCGAGGCCAAGCCCGUGUGGCUGGCGGCUUUGUCGAAGGGAGAGGCCAAUGCCAGCAGCGUCCCCGAUGGGCGGCAAGGCCAGGAUCCUCUUCUGGAAGCCAACUUGGAGGACUUGUCGUUAGCUCUAGACCCGCUGGAGCACGAGUGGAUGCUGACCGUGGCCCAAGGGGAUGCGGGGAGUAUCCUCCGGUUGCUGGACCAGGAUCCCAGCCUGCUCUCCAGCACAGAUUUUGUGACCGGUUUCACCGUCCUCCACUGGUUGGCCAAGCACGGUCAUCAUGAGGACUUGAUAGAAGUCAUCACUUUUGCCGAGAAGCAGCAUUACCCGGUAGACGUCAACGUAUUCUCAGCUAGCGGCAGGCUGACUCCUCUCCACCUGGCUGCUCUUCAGGGACACGAGAUGGUCAUCAAGGUGCUGGUGGGGGCCUACGGGGCCAACACAAGCCUUCGGGACCACAAUGGCCGCCAAGCAUGGCAAUACCUCCGAGCAGACGCUCCAAGAGAGUUGAAGGAGCUUUUGGGGGCUUGCGAGGAAGACUUGGCCCUGCAAGGAGCGUUCAACACCAACAACAACUGUGUGUCAUCCAGACGCGGUAGGAGCAACGGGUUCAAAGGAGCCGGCGAGGGUGUUCAAGGGGAAGAGAACAGCCGCAGGCCCAUCACCAGACUGACCUCUUUAAGGAACUUGUUCCGGCAAGCCAUUGCAUUCUUCCAAGACCGGUAGACAUUUGCUCAGCAGCAGAGGCACUUGGGUCUGUUGACUGGGCAGAUUUUGACAGAAGCCAUCGUGAAAGGGUGGGGAUGCUGCGGGAGGAAGCCUGGGAGGUAGGUGAGGACCCACAGAGGUUAUCUGUAAGAUGCUGGCCUCAGGCAACCUGCCCAGACUUGCAGUUCGGCCUUAGGUAUGAGACGUCCAAGGUCUUGAAGAAAAUGAGGGAGCGAGUGGUAGUACCAGAUCUAGAGGGGCCAUCCUGCACUCUGCUAAAGACCAUCCAUAGGAAAGACUUGUGGGUAGAAAAUUUUAAAGACCAACUAACCUCUAAGUACUGAGCCAGGAAAAGAGAAAUUCCGCAACCUGGGUAAGCAAAUUUUACGAAUGUGUAUAGGUUUUCAUUUUGCCUAAUUUAUUCUGGCUUUAGGUAUGGCAAGGAGCAAUGCUGAGCAGAAAACCCCCACGCCUAAGCCCCUGGGGAUCUGGGGCAGGCACCCCUUCUG